UCUGUGAGACUGUGAGUAAAAUGAAUAUUCUCCAGAAGAUAGAUGAACCGCAACAUGUUUUAGAAUUUGAAUAAGGAAAAACAUUAAAUAAAGUAUAUUUAACUAACACUAUGAGUUGUUUAACAAGAGCUUUUGAAAGAUUAAUAUUGUCAGAAUUGAAAAUUGUACCAAAAAUUUUGGGCAAUGUAAGGUAUAAAGUAAAAUAUGUAGAAAAACCACAGAUUGGACAUGGAAAGGCAUUCCGAAGAAUAAUUCAUUUCCCGGAAGAAUAUACAGUAAAACCUUUAGAUGUAACUAACUUGGGUGGUAGAGAUCCUAAAAGUGGUAGGGUUGUUGUUAAAGGAAUUGGUGGUGGCAUAAAACAUAAAUACCAUUGGAUUGAUUGGAAACGAGAAGGCCCUUCUGAGGGAGUGCCACAAAUCGAAAAGGUCAUUAAAAUUAUAAAAGAUGGAUGUAGGACAGCACAUAUUGCGUUAGUAGCACAUGAAGAUAAAUUAAAAUAUAUUCUUGCAACAGAAAAUAUGAAAGCAGGGGAUAUCAUUCGAACAUCAUGCUAUAUUCCUCGUAUACCAGUGCGUCCCAAUGAAGGAGAUGCCUAUCCUUUGGGUGCAUUGCCCAUAGGUACACAAGUUCACUGUGUGGAAAAAUAUCCCGGACUCGGUGGUUUUUUGGUUCAUUCAGCCGGAACCUGUGCCACUAUCUUGCGAAAAGCUCCAAAUGAUCAUAUAGUAAUUAUGAUGCCUAGUAAACGAGAAUUUAGUUUACCAGCAAUUUGUAUGUGUACAGUUGGUAGAUUAAGUAAUGUAGAACACAGUAGCACUCCUAUUGGAUCAGCUCAAAGAAAUAGGGAACUUGGGAACCGUCCACGAUCUGGUUUAUGGCAAAGAAAGAAAGGUAUCCACGGAAGAAAACUUAGAAGACCUCCACCUGUAAAAACAAUAGUAGCAAAGCAGUUAGAUGAUACAGAAACAAUUACUUUGUCGUGUGAUAGACCUUUUGUUAAAACUCUUUUUAACCAAUUUCAUACUAAUUAAAUUCUUAAUGUAUGUCUUAUAUAGGUUUUAAAUAAAACUAUAUACAAAAG